AUGGAAAAGACACUUCAUGAUCGGCCAAUUUUAUUUCGAAGAUUACGAAUCUUACAGCUUGCAACAGUUUCACUUAUUACCUUUGCAGAAAUUAUACAAGCGAUUGCUUUUUUUGGACAACUUAAAGACACCCAGCCAAUGUCUUUUUAUUUUUCCACGACUACGUUUAACUUGUGUGGUAUAAAGUUGCUAUAUCAUAUAGUUAUUGGCCUUACUCUAAUAAGCACAAUCACAGAUGGUAUCAUGGGCCCUAUCAAACUGACAUCAUCGUUGAUCUAUGAAGCAUUCGGCCCAAAGACAGAAUUUCUCAAGAGGGUAUUAUGUGAUGGGUAUAUAUUUAGUACAAUUUUUGGAUGGAUUAUGAUAAUAGAAUUUUGUAUUAGCACAGUAUUGUAUUUAAGAUUAUGGAAGACAAGGAAUUGGUGGGAUAAUAAUAUGAUCGUUUGUGAUGAAUUAAAUGUCGAAAAUAAUAAUUCGGUUGAUCAUACCAACUUAACGGGAAUUAACACGAAUGAUGUAAAAAAUUUGUCACCUCGUGAACGUCACCGUCUUGUACUCGAAUUGGGUCCAAGACUUCACUCAGAUUCAUCAAGAACAACCUCCUAA